UUUGUGGGUCAAACUGAUGAGGACCAGGGCACAGACGCUGAGAUUUGCACCAUAGCUUCAAAUUUUGACGCAGAGGCUACGCAGUCUUCAUCCGCCUCUGGGUCUAAUAAACCCGAAGAAACCUUUACAGUGGAUGAUGCAUUGGAGGCAAUCGGAUUUGGAAAGUUUCAGUGGAAAAUCUCUUUCCUCACUGGACUGUCAUGGGUAGCAGAUGCCAUGGAGAUGAUGAUCCUCAGCAUCUUGGGGCCCCAGUUGCACUGUGAGUGGAGGCUCCCCAGCUAUAAAGUGGCACUCAUAACAUCGGUGGUUUUUAUCGGGAUGGGGAUCAGUUCACCGAUUUGGGGAAAUGUCGCCGACAAGUACGGCAGAAAAGUAGGUCUGAAAGUUUGUAUGUGCUGGACUUUGUACUACGGCCUGCUGAGUGCCUUUGCUCCAGCGUAUGGCUGGCUCUUGUUCCUGCGCGGCCUUGUGGGCUUUGGUAUUGGAGGAGCUCCUCAGUCGGUCACGCUGUACUCAGAAUUCCUUCCCAUGAAGGCGAGAGGCAUCUGCAUUAUGCUGAUUGCGGCAUUCUGGGCAAUCGGUGCUGUGUUUGAGGUCCUCCUGGCCUUGAUGGUAAUGCCUGAUCUGGGUUGGAGGUGGAUGCUCGGCUUAUCCACAGUACCAUUGGCAAUCUUUGUUUGCUUCUGCUUUUGGUUGCCGGAGAGUCCUCGUUUUGAUGUGCUGUCGGGAAGACGAGAAAAAGCCAUGGCAACCUUAACGCGCAUUGCUAAAGAGAAUGGGAAGACCCUGCCUCAAGGCAGGCUGAUCGCUUAUAAUCAGAAUGAACGUGGACGGUUCAAAGAUCUCUUUGCUCCUCAGUACUGGAAGACCACGCUGCUCCUGUGGUUUAUAUGGUUUUCCAAUGCCUUCUCCUAUUACGGGAUUAUCCUGCUGACAACUGAGCUGUUCCAAGCUGGAGAUUUGUGCGCGAUGACCCAAGGAGCCAAGAUUGAGCCAGACUGCAGUCUUGAAUGUAGAUAUUUAACGUCAGCCGACUACAAAGACCUUUUAUGGACGACCUUGGCUGAGUUCCCAGAUCAACAUGCAGUGUAUUGA